AUGGCUCAUCGAAGUCGCCAUGACCCUGGCCAAGAUCCCUUCUCCAGCAUGGGAUACUGGGGCCCUCCGUCCAGCACAGCAAACUUUUGCGAGGAGGACUACGCCAUCACCAAGUACAUAGCCGAGUUCUUCAAUACCUUUACGAACCUCGCUUACGUAUACUACGCCUUCAAGAUCUCACAUCGGGAUGCACGAAAAGGCAUCCUCGGCGGCAUGGACACAAUGGCCCUCUCACUCCUAUUCAUCGGCAUCUUCUCCUUCCUUUUUCAUGCAACGCUCCAUCGUGAGACCCAGUUCCUCGACGAGAUGUCCAUGUUCUUCCUCGGCUCCGCUCUACUACAGCCGCUCUACACCAAGGGAUACGCCCCGAGGACGCAGAGGACCAUCACCAUCGUCCUGCUCUCCGUGGUCGUCCUCAUCUCCGCCGUGUAUCACCAGACCAGGAUCGUCGAGCUCCACUGGGGCUCGUUCUUCAUCAUGGAGAACAUGCUGUGGACGCGCGCGCUGUACCUGUCCUAUAACCGCCCGCGGCCCGAAGGUGCGCCACCGGGGACGUCCAAGGUCUCGAGGCAGUUUUGGUCUUCGACGGGGACCAUGGUUGUGGCAAUCACGCUGUGGCUGAUCGACCUGGAGUUCUGCCCUCCGCUGCGGGCGCUGCGGGAGGCUGUUGGGCUUCCGUGGGCAUAUCUUUUGGAGCUUCAUGGGUGGUGGCACAUCCUUACUGCUGUGGCCGCUGCGGGAUACAUUAAGCUUAUUAGGGAAAUUUGUCAAUGA